UUGAUUUCUUUCCUGACCUGCCAGUUCGAAUACACUGAACCAUCGCCCAAUGUCUUCAACUACUCUGGCGGCGACACCAUCCUGGCCAUCGCCGAAAACCACGGCAAGCGCGUUCGCUGCCACAACCUCAUCUGGGUCAGCCAGCUGCCCGACUGGGUGGUGAACGGCAGCUGGACAGCGGCGAGCCUCACAGCGGUGAUGAAGACGCACAUCACGAACCUGAUCACGCACUGGGGAGGGCGGUGCUACUCGUGGGACGUGGUCAACGAGGCGCUGGCGGCGAACGGGUCGUGGGCGUCCAGCAUCUGGUACGACACCAUCGGGCCCGAGUACUUCUUCCUCGCGUACCGGUUUGCGCAGGAGGCGGUCGAAAAGACCGGCCAGGACAUCAAGCUGUACUACAAUGACUACGGGAUCGAGGCGCCCGGUCCCAAGACGACGGCGGCGUACAACCUGGUCAAGGAGCUGCAGGCGCGAGGCAUCCGGAUCGAUGGCGUGGGGUUGGAGUCGCAUUUCGAAGUGGGCGCGACGCCAUCCAAGGACGCGCAGGUUGAGGCCAAGCAGGGGUUUUUGGAUCUGGGGGUCGAUGUUGUCGUCACGGAGCUGGAUGUCAGAUUCCCGGAGGGGCCGUUCUACACGGCGGCGGGUGAGAAGCAGCAGGCGCAGGACUAUUAUGAUACGGUGGCGAGCUGCGUGGAGGUUGGUCCUCGGUGUGUGGGCAUCACGGUGUGGGAUUUUGACGAUGCGUAUUCGUGGGUGCCGUCAUCGUUUCCUGGACAGGGAGCGGCUGAUCUGUAUAAUGGGACGUUGCAGCGGAAGCCGGCGUACUAUGCGGUGGCAGAGGCAUUGCAGGGGGUGAGUUGUAGUGUGUGCUAA